AUUUGUUAAGCUGGAGUGAGCUAAUUAAGCGUUACGAGGCCAUCAGCAACGCCCAGCACCAGGAGACAAAUCAUGAUGAUGAUCAGCAAAUGUCUGUGGAGAUCGCAAGGCUGAGGCGUGAGUGUGACCAACUCAAGGCCAACAUAAGGAGGCAGACCGGAGAAGACCUUGCAUCCGCCAAUACCGAUGAGCUUGACAAUCUGCAGAAGCAGCUCGAGUCUACACUAGGCAAAGUCCGUGACAGGAAAGAUGAGCUACUGAACCAGCAGCUGGACGAAUCACGGCGCAAGGUGCACAUCUUGGAGGACCAUAACCGUCGCCUGCGCCAAAUGAUCAACGAAGGCGGGCACCAUCGUUCUUCCGUGGAGGCACCGUUGGUGGCUGCAGUGGAUAUGGCGUCACCAGCGACAGCUUCCGGGGGCUUGGAGGUUGGCCACGUCACCUUGGGGCCUUGGAGGUGUGGCGGACCACGGUCCCUCGCCGACGGGGAGUUUCCGUUCUUAAUUUAGUUUGCUUUUCAGUCUCUCUUUUGGGAUGGUGAGGCGGCGGCUACAUCCUGAAGUCAGAAUAAGGUCCUCCCCGCCCUAUCCUCGCUCCGGUGGUGCAUCUAGCGCUGACGGAGGGCGCGUGGAGUUGUGUGCCCAUCGGAUCUCCUGGGAUCCGGUCGGUUUUCAUGUUUAUUGGUGUGGUUUCAUGAUAGUUUCUUCCGAUCUACGGUUGUCAUCAUUGGCGAUGGUUGCUGCUCUUGUGCGCUGGUCCUUUGGGAUCUUAGCAUGACGACUUCCCGUCUGUCUACUACAACAAGCUCUACUACGACAAGCUUUGCCCGACUCCGGCGAUGGAGGGGCGAGGACAGCGGCGCGCCUUCGGCUCGUGCUAGUGUUUGUAGUCGUCGCUAGGUGGUCCGAGUACCAAUUUGUAAUUUUUUU